ACAAGUUGAAGUACCUCAGAGCAAACCACAGUAUCAGUACUAGCUGCAAUUGCAAUGGCUCUCAUUGGAGGAAGAGUGUUAUGUGUAAUGACUGCUGUGCUGUUCGUUGCAGCGUUGGAUUUUGAGCUUGGAGCAGCUCAGACUGAUGUCAAACCAGCGAAAAUUCUUUGUCCAUGCAGAGGAUACGAGUGUAACCGAGGCGAGGAGUGUAUUUGUGUUGAAAGCCUCACUCCCGAUCCCAAGACAGGCCAGACCUGUAAGUGCAAAUGCUCGGCGAUAAGAGUUCAGUGUCCAUGUCCUAAUUAUUUCUGUCCUUACGGACAGAAGUGCCUUUGCCAAGAGCGCUUAGUCGAUCCACCAAUCAAAGACACAGUUUCCACAGCAAAACCAGCUGCAACUUGUACUUGCAAAUGUGUAUUCUGAAAGUUUAUUGUAUCUUGAGAAGAUGAUGUUGAAGGUAGAUAUGGCUGUAGAGGUCAAUAUAGGUGCAACUUUUCUGUUGAAGCGCAUCUAUGCAGUCGUAUUAGCAGUUGUUAAGAUCAUGCGCAAGUAACAAUGUCCAUACUCAGGACUGUCGCACAUGGAUCCACUUUGCCCCAGUAAUAAAGAAACCUCUGUUAUUUCUUU